CAGCCGGCCCGCACCGCCGCCCUCCCCGCCGGCCGUGCCUUCCCUCCCUCCGGCCGCGCCGGGGACCGCAGGGCGAGCGGCGGCCGCGAUCGCCGCGGGGCAGGAGCGCGCUCCGCAGCGCCGGGCGGGCCCCAGGAGCCCGAGAUGGCGGACAGCGCCGCGGCCACCGCCGCUCCCCGGGCCGGCGUCAAGGGCUCGGCCGGGCCCUGGUGGAAAUCGCUGACCAGCAAGAAGAAGCACAAGGAAGCGGCGGUAGCCCCGCCGCACCCCGUCGCCAGCGAGACCCCCGCCGACACCCCCAGCCCCGACUGCCGGGAGGAACAGUCCGGUCCCUUCGGCAGCGGCGACGCCGCGGGAACCGCAGUCGGCAACCGGCGGAGUCUCCGGGUGUCCCAUUCGGGCCGCUUCAAGGAGCGGCGGAAGGUGCGCACCUCGCUGCUGGCCGACAGCCCCGAGGUCUUCGACGGCGGCGGCGCCCCAGGCCACGCCGCCCAAGGGCCCGAGUAGGCCGGGAGGAGCUUGCCGAGGAGCCGCCGCUGGAUGGGUGGCCGGAGAACUGGCGGGACAGGCGGCCGGAGCCGGUGACUGCCCCGCAGCCAUGGGUGCCGUGUAGGCAGCGGCCUCCCACACCUGAGCGGACACUGCGGGGAGCCCGGCAGCGCUGCCAGGCGAGGGAAUCGCGGGCGCUGUGUUACACCAACACCGCCAAUAGCAAACCCUUGGAUGACGGGACAAUGUGAUUGUCUUUUAAAAAACCACAAAUAAACAUCCCUCUCCCUGUACUGUGGUGAGCGGACUCAAAGGUGCUAUCCCAAGGCCGACGGAGGGGUCUCUGAACCUUCCCGCAGCCCUCGACAGGAGCCAACGUGCUGACUCUGAGGCCUGUGCCCCAGCUCCUUCUGGCUCUCAAGCCCAGGAGGCGCUUUGCUGCUUUCAUCUCACAAGCUGUCUUAUCGAAGGAAGGGGGGUGCAAAGUGCUCUUAUCUAAUUUCAGGGCCGAGGACCUCCGGUGGUGCCGAAAGUCCUGCCGUUAGCCACAAACACAUCUUCCAUCCCCCACGGGGGUCCAGAGAGAGGCAUUGUGAGGGGCAGGCUCUUGCCUUCGCCCAUGUCCCACAUUGCAUUUGCAUAUGGAAAAGGCAGGACCAUGCUGGUAUUCUCCCUCUUCUUACUGUGUAAUACUAAGAUGAUGUUUCAGAGACUGGUCCCUCGUAGUUCUGUUACAGAGGGAGGCCCAUGUUGUCUAGCAAUUCACACUCUUUACCCAGGGGAUACGUGAUUUUUGCAUAAUUGGUUAUAACUGGGAUAAUGAAGCUCCAAUGAAGAAAUUGUGUGUGAUAAGAUGUAAACAUUCUUUUGGGACAUGAGACCAGACCUGGAGAGCACAAACAGGGUUGUAGUCCUAAUGUGGGAAUAGGCUUGGGCACCCCUGGAAGUGUUUACAGUACACUUUGUCUGAGGCUUUUGAAGCAAGGUAAAGUGUCCCAGGAUUUCUUGUGAUGGUGAGAUAAUGUGCUUUCACUCCCUCUAAGAGCUCUUGGAUUUUUUUUUUUGGACAAAUAAAUAUAAGCCAGAUUUGUACUGGUGUUGUGCCUUACAGAGCAAAAUCAGCUAAAAAUACUUGGCAAUUACACAUUUCUUGAUAGUAGGUGAUGUAGCAACAACUGACUUAUUUAUUUUCAAUGCAUUUGCAAUAUGCUUUAUAUUGUUAAAAUAGCUUUAGACUUUUUCUGAGGACAAGAUACUACACAGUGGCAGGCACUGAAAAUUAUUUCCUAACAGUCAAGUAUUAUGCAGUUAUGAUUCUGUUUGGUUAUAACUAAUCACUUGAGUCAAUUAAAAAUAAAAAGACUGGAAAGGAAAUGAGAAGUGAGUUCCAGUUGAAAAUACAUAUUAAACCAGCCACUGACAAUCACUGAAAUGUUGCACUAGAUGCUGGGCAAGUGCCCCGUGGUUCAAUGUGCACAAUAAUAUGUAAUGAACCUUGAAAGCUCCUGUGCAAUAAACUCAGACAACGUAGCUGCUGAGGUGCUCCCUGGUCAUUCACUCCUUCAGACCCUGGAACCCAAGGACAGAGGGACUGUAGUAUCAAAUACAUUUCCAUGGAAGUUUUUCUUUUUUUUUUUUUUUUCCUCCACCCAGUGUGUAGAUAGAUGCUUUUAAAAUUUCCUUUAGUAAAACUACAAGGUACUGGAUUUGGACUGCCUUUUUAUAUUGCUGACUCCAUGCUGACCAAGAACAGAUCUGGGGGAGGUGAGGGGAGGUCUUUAAACAUUCUCCUCAGAGUUGCUUUUCUUAUGGGAGGCCUCUUCAGUCAAGGGACAACUGAAAUGCUCUUCUUGAGAAGAAGCAAUAAGAGCAAACCUAGUCUUGGGAAAAGGGGGGUAAGAAAGAAGGGGAAAGUUUAAAAGCUGGAAACAGAGGUGGAUGAUGAAGAACCAUAUUCCAGCUACAGGAUGAGACAGGGGAGGAAGGAGGCACAAAGUGGUGCAUUUGCUGCCAGGGUUGUCAUACUACCUUUGGAGGCCAAACUGUUCAUGUUUAUUAUAGGCAGAAGUAGUCUGCGUGUUUUCGUAUGUGUGUGUGCCCAAAAUGGAAG